AUGUUCUCACGAUCACUCGCCCCUCGCUUCCUGCGGCAAGCUGCCCGCCCAGCAGCAGCAGCUCGAGCUCCCCUGUCGGCCUUUCGCGCGCCCGCCGCCCCUCUGACGCCCUUUCAGAUCCGUCUGCUCUCCGACACGACGCGCACCGCCAUCGACAAGGCCAUCGCCUCGGCGCCCGUCGUGCUCUUCAUGAAGGGCACGCCCGAGACGCCCCAGUGCGGCUUCUCGCGCGCCGUCAUCCAGAUCCUCGGCAUCCAGGGCGUCAGCCCCGAAAAGUUCGCCGCCUUCAACGUGCUCGAGGACCCGGAGCUGCGGGCGGGCAUCAAGGAGUACUCGGACUGGCCGACCAUUCCGCAGCUGUACGUCGACAAGCAGUUUGUGGGCGGGUGCGACAUUCUGGUGUCCAUGCACCAGAACGGCGAUUUGCAGAAGCUGUUUGAGGAGAACAAGGUCUUGGUCGAGGGAGAGGAGGGGGAGAAGAAGGAGUAG